AUGGCUUCAAACAUCAUCGACAAGACGAAACAUGCCCUCCAUUUCAACAAGGAAGGAGACAUCAAGAUCGCAGGUCGCAAAGUCCAUGGUACAGGCUACGGACUGAUGGGUCUAACAUGGCGACCACAACCCCCAUCACAGGAACAAGCUUUCACUGCCAUGAAAACCGCCCUCGACAGCGGCGCAAACUUCUGGAACGGGGGCGAGCUCUACGGCACGCCAGAACGCAAUAGCUUACAUCUGCUCAAGGAAUACUUUGACGAGCACCCAAGUCACGCCUCGAAGGUCGUCAUCUCCAUCAAGGGAGGCCUCGUAAAGGGAGGUAUGAAGCCUGAUGGGUCGGCUGAGAAUACACGACGGAGCAUUGAUGAGUGUCUCAAUGUAAUGACCAACAAGAAGCUCGAUAUCUGGGAAGCUGCUCGCUGCGACCCAGAAACUCCUAUCGAAAUCACGAUGCGAGCUGCAAACGAGUAUGUGAAAGCAGGCAAGCUGGGAGGUAUCUCGUUGUCCGAAUGUAGCGAAGACACCAUCCGUCGCGCGGCCAAGGAGGUCACUGUAUCGGCUGUAGAGGUCGAGUUCAGUCUCUGGAGUACUGAGAUCCUCGAAAAUGGCGUGGCCAAAGCCUGUGCUGAGUUGGACAUUCCGAUUGUCGCGUACAGCCCACUAGGCCGAGGGUUCUUGACUGGGGAAAUCAAAAAGCUGGAGGAUAUUCCUGAGGGCGACUUUCGCCGAACCAUACCUAGGUUCUACCCUGAGAACUUCGACAAGAAUCUUGAGCUCGUGACCCAGAUUGAGGAGCUGGCGAAGAGGAAGGGGUGCAAGCCUGGUCAGAUUGGCCUUGCCUGGGUCAGAGCGCAGAGCAAAAAGCCCGGCAUGCCAACUAUCAUACCAAUUCCAGGGGCGUCCUCUCCGGAAAGAGUACGAGAGAACAUGGUGGAGAUCGAUCUCAGCGAGAACGAUGUCAAGGAGAUCGACAGCCUUCUCGCCAGCGUGGAGGUCAUUGGUGGUCGAUACAACGAACACGGCGCCGCCUUGACAUUUGGCAGUACGCCACCUUUGAAGGAGUAA